AUGCCCCUCCCGCACCUCCCCACCGAAAUCCUCGAGCAGAUCCUCACCCACGCCGUCAUCGUGCGCGGCCUCAAGCGUGCCUUGCGUCUACGCCUGGUGAGCCGGGUCUGGUCCGCCGACAUCCUCACCAUCAUUUUCGUCGCCGGUCUGCCCGACAACACCUACUGGCUUGGCCGCCUGGACAGGCCCGACGGAUCCGCCCAGCUUUUCUGGCAGCGCUACCUCGCCUGGCGCAUCAACCACGCCGUCCGCGGCGAAGUGGAGCCACUGGGACCCUUGACCGGCGGGCCGAGACCAGAGCGAGCAUGCGACUGGGGUCUGCGCCACCUUCGCCGCCCGCCGGCCACCAGGCGCCUGCGCAUGAUGAGGCGCGUAGCCGAGCGCAUCGUCGACAUGCGGAUGCGGAUGCGGAUGCGGGCCGCCGACGGCGCCGUUGCUUCUGCAUUUGACCCCCAAGAUGAGCUGCAUGACGUCAUCUUUCGGCUUUCCAGAUUGCCGCUCAUGGACAUAUCUUCGUUCAAUACGCAUUUCCGUGACACCUUUUUUGCAGAGUUCACCGUCGACGAGGGCGUGCGGGAAAGGCUGGAGAGGGAUGAGGAGGCCACCAGGGCAUUUCGCGAAACUGUGUUGAGCGCAGCUGCCUAUCUGGAUGAGCUAGAAAUUGUCCAGGAGCUUGUGCGUGACAGUCUGAACGACAGCAAACCAUUGUCAUCGCGCCGCCCAAGCUGCCCCUUCUUUGCCCCUCUCGACGCAGCAGCUUUUGGAGGAAGUCGCCGCUGCGUCAUCUUUCUCACAUCAUUGCCACAAGAACCGGGCAGAAGCAUGUACAAGCUACGUAGCAGAGCCAUCCAGUGCGCUGGGAGUUGCGUCUUCCCGCAAGGAGCACGUGACGUUAUGGAAUUCGGUCUUAGCACUGAGGAACUUCACCAAGACCCAGAACCUACCGGCCCUUGGGACGCUGGUAGCGAUCCCACAAGUGGCUGGAUGAGGAUUCUGGUGCACGACUGCAUGCGCAGGACGACCGAUGUCCAAGUAUACAGGAGAUGCUACGAUAUUGUAGGUCACUCCCUCCUGCCUAGUCAGGAGCCUAUUUUGGGCCUGACCAAAGAGGCCUGGUUGCUACGCAAGUGGUUCCCGUCUCAGCUGGACAUUGCUGCUAGGCGUGGAUGCGUCGAAAUCAUGGAGUUUCUCGUCGACAGAUAUUCGAUCGAAGCCCAACCUGCCAUAGCCUCGAGCAAUGACAAACUUGCCAAUGACGAUAUAGGAGAGUUUGAGGACCCUGAGAAUAAAAAUAUUCCUGAAACUCUACCACUGGAUAGGAACGGAGACGAAUGCGACCCGGUCAACAUGCUUUCCAAGUUUCGCAGCCCGCUUUCCGUGGCCGCCUUGGACGGCAAUCACGCGUCUGUCGACUUUCUGCUGUCUCACGGCGUCUCCAAACCCGAUCGGGCACUGGUAGCGGCAGCAAGCAGCGGCUCAAGAAGGAUGGUUGAAACCAUAGUAGCCUUCUUCGCCAAACUUGAUGAUAACCACCGAGACCUGGAGGCCAUACAUGGUGAGGAGACGGUCCAAGAUGCACUGGCCUUGGCAGUGUUCCGAGAGGACGAUGCCAUGGUCCGUCUACUAUACAGCCUAGGAGCUAGGUUCGACCGCGCCACCUGGGAGACUUUGCGAAAGGAAACAAAAAGACUCGGACUGGAAAGCAUGGAUCAUCUUCUUCAACAUCUUGGACAGCCUUCCAAGGGUGAAGAUGCAUGGGCUCGUCACUGCUCAAACGGCGAGCAAGUGGUUCGGAAGGCAAUCGUUUCAUUCUCUCUGCGUCUAGUGGACUGAAGUUCACAUAGCCUGCCCUCGUCCACAUGCCCUUGAGCACUUCAAACUAUCGGCCAUGGUCACCUGUUCGGUGCCAGAUUCAACCUGAGUUGGGCGCCCCACUCUAUGAGUACGAUGAAAAUGAUAGAUCUUGCAUCACACGGUCCCAAAUAGAGGAGAGAAAGGAAAAGGCAUGCGGUCAAUCUUGGGCAUUCUUUAAUGCGUACCAUCAUGUACCGAGGGUUUCUCCGAUUAAGUUUACAUCUAGAUCCUCCGUGGGGUGCAUGUCUUUGUUUAUGGAGCAACACGGUAGUAUUUCGGGUGUGGGGGAUGGUGUUGGUGAACGGGCAUAUCCCAGCGUCAAGUUCUAAGGAUUCUCUGCCGCCCAUUUCCCCGCAUUUUAACGACCUCAACGCUUGUAAGAAAAGAGAAAGAAAAAACAUUAACCCGAUGCCAAGUAAUCUUAUUGUUUCCUUGUGAUCGCCCACACGGCGGUCAAGAAAUGUCGUUAAUACAUGUUCAGAACCGGGGCUCAUCGGCCAUA